CUCUCAUUGUUUUACCACCAAACCCAAUAACUACCCACCCCCAAGUUUGGAUACAUCCCUUUUCCCUUCAACUGUUCCGGCCCUUCACACCCAAACCCACGCUCAGCAAGUCAUUCAAUUCCUUCCUAUGGCCAACAGCCUCAUGCUCCUCUCUCGAGUCGGCGCCGCCGCUAGCAGCGUGUUCGCUUGCAAGAUGUGCAACCAGAAGUUCUCGACAACGGGCGGAGACUUCCUCCAUGUUCAGGCACCGGAAAAGCCAAAGACGCACGAGUGCUCUAUUUGCGGGCUGGAGUUCGCGAUAGGGCAGGCGCUUGGGCACUGUCCCACCACCUACGGAAAGGCAGAGGACCGGCCCAAUUUGGAGCAUUCGGUUGGCAGCGAGAAGAGAGAGAGGUUAUUGGAUUUGAGUUUGACGCUGGCGCAAAUGUUUAGUGUUCUUAACUUGGGGUAAAUUUUUGUGCAAUGUACUACUCCAAUCCGUACUUUUGAUU